GCUUGAAUGGUAGCAGCAGGUUCCCCCGUGCGACCAGCACACGUCACAGCAGCAGCCACAGCAGCCACAGCAGCAGCAGCAGCAGCAACAGCAGCCGCAGCACUAGCAGCAGCAGCAGCAGCAGCAGCAGCAGCAGCAACAGCAGCCGUUGCGACGGGAGCAGCAGCACCACCAACAACUGAAGCAGCAGCAGCAGCAGCAGUAGCAGCAGCCGCAGCAUCAGCAGCAUCAGCAGCAGCCGCAGCAUCAGCAGGUGGUGCAGCAGCCGCAGCAGCAGAAGGUGCAGCAACAGCACUGGCUAGAGGAGCAGCAGCAGCUGCAGCAGCCGGAAGAGCAGAAGCAGCAGUAGCAGCCACAACAGUCGGAGGAGAAGAAGCAGCCGCAGCAGCAGCCUCAUCGAUUCUAUGACCUCAAGCAGGCCCCUUAAGC